AUGACCAUCGCCGAGGAGAACAAGGAGUUGCUCCAGGCGCAGCUCGAGCUCUGGCACCACGCCUUCGGCUACGUCAAGUCCAUGGCGCUCGCCGUCGCCCUGGACCUCGGCAUCGCCGACGCCAUCCACCGCCGCGGUGGCGCCGCCACCCUCUCCCAGAUACUCGCCGAGGCCGCGCUCAGCCCGUGCAAGCUUCACGGCCUCCGCCGCCUCAUGCGCGCGCUCACCGUCGCGGGCACGUUUACCGUUGCCACCUCGUCUGAAGACUCCGGUGGCGAAGCCGUCUACGAGCUGACGCCGGCCUCACGCCUCCUCGUGAGCGACGACGUCGACGGCGGCGAUGGCGAGGGCUCGGCGAUGAGCCUUUCGCCUGUCCUGAGCCUGGUGCUCAACCCCUUCCGCGUCUCGCCGCUCGGCAUGGGCAUCGGCGCGUGGUUCCGGCAGGAGGGCCAGCCGGGCGUGGCCCCGUUCGCGGUGGCGCACGGCAGGAACAUGUGGGAGACGGCAGCGCGCAAGCCCACCUUCAACGCGCUGGUCAACGACGCCAUGGCCGCGGACAGCCGCUUCCUGAUGCGGAUCGUCCUCAGGGAGUGCGCCGAGGUGUUCCACGGGAUAAGCUCGCUGGUCGACGUCGCCGGCGGGCUCGGCGGCGCCGCCACCUCCAUCGCCAAGGCGUUCCCGGAGCUGAGGUGCACCGUGCUGGAUCUUCCUCACGUGGUUGCCAAUGCUCCCUCUGGCGGCAACGUGCAGUUUGUCGAGGGCGACAUGUUUCAGAGCAUCCCGCCGGCAGAUGCUGUCUUUCUCAAGUGGAUUUUGCACGAUUGGGGCGAUGAUCAGUGUGUCAAGAUUUUGAAGAACUGCAAGCAAGCAAUACCUUCAAGAGAUAAAGGAGGAAAGGUGAUAAUCAUAGAUAUGGUAGUUGGAUCUGGAUCAUCAGACGCUAAGCAACUAGAGACACAAGUUUUGUAUGAUCUCCUUAUUAUGGGUAUCAAUGGUGUCGAGCGAGAUGAGCAAGAGUGGAAGAAGAUUUUCUUGGAAGCAGGGUUUAAGGACUACAAAAUUAUGCCGAUUCUUGGUGUCCGGUCGAUCAUCGAGCUCUAUCCAUGAGAGCUCACUGAACAAUCCGUCUGAAAAAUAAGAAUAUGUGUGAUCGGACGCACCAUUGAUUGUCUACUACUAGUGGCCUAAACAUGAAGGCGUGAAUUUGUAAAUGAACUUUAGGCCCUCUCUCCAACAUGAAUAAUGGAGGAAAAUUGAAUCAUCAAUAAAAGAUUUCGUGUAAGGCUUCAAAAA